AUGGUCCCUGAGGUCCGGCGUGGGCAAGGAACCAUGCGCGCAGGGGGAGAACAGCAAACUCCCUAAGAUGCAGAGAAGCCGAAUGCCUGCCAAGAGAUAACGACCACCAGAAGCUGCCACAAAGAUGAUUAAAAGAAAUGCUGACCACCUGGAACCUUAUCUCGCUUUCUCAAGGCCCAUAAACUUUAUUCUGCUACAACUGUCUCUCUAAAAUCUUUCCUUUUUCUGGUCAUUGAUUGCUAAUUAAAAAACAUACGUAAUUUAAUAAUUAGGCUAAUGCAAAUGAAACAUUACUAAACACUGUGUUAUAAUAGAAUUGUUGGUUUAAUAAUCUUUCUAUUAUGUGCUUAACUUUAGUACCUUUGAUAUUAACUACAUUAUAAUAUAAAUUUACCUAUGACAAUUAAUUAUGAGUAAACAUAAGUAGAUAAUAGUAGUAGUAAUUAGUACAAGAAUAUAGAAAGAGUUAAUAACCUGUCUACUUAGGAAUGCAGCUAGGUCCAGAUGUAUUUUGGACAUAAAUCACUGCCCUGUCAAUGAUAAGCUAAACCUAUGAACAAACUGAUUUCUUUGAUGUUCACUGUUCCUAUGCCUUUAGAAAAAACAAAUAUAUACUGACCACUAACAAAAAUAAAGUUACACUCAGAUUUACACUCUCUCUUGAAGUGUGUCUGUUUGUCAUUUCUUUAACCGAAUCCCUGACCACCUUGCGCAGUCUCUCAACCCUGAGACGGCCUCAUUGCCUACUGCUGUGCUGGUCCGCGGCAGGUGGCGCCCGAACGUGGGGCCCGAUUUCAAAUUUUGCUGAGUUGUCCACCUAAAGAAAGAGAGCUAACCUUUUGUGUGACUUUGAGUACAAUUCUUCCAGGGAGUUGACAUAGAGCUAAACUAAAAUGUGGAGAAACUGCUGCUUUGUUCGUAGGGUUCCAGAGACCUCUGAAAAUGAUGAGGAAGCUUGCCUCCAUUGGCAGGACUAAAUAACCCAGUUCCCUGAACAGAAAGCUCUGUCAUAAAGCCUGAACUCUUUCGUCUUUUCACUGCCAUUAAUGAUGUACACUUCAAACAACCUGGACAGGACACCGAUAAGAUCCCAGUGCGUGCCUACGUUGGAUACCCCUUCGUUAUACUUCUGGGGAAUGCCUCAGCUGCAUGCAUUCAAUUGCGUGGGUCUUCUUACUCCAUUCAUUGUUCUGGCUGCAUUGUUACUAAUUGUAUUGUCCCCUCUCUUGCUCGUUUGUAUCCUGUUGUAAUCUUACUUAAAAAAAAAAAAACCCCUAUGUUAUGUUACCUGUUGAUUUACAUGAUAUACCUUGGUAUGAUAAUACUGCCAUGCAAAUUUUAGAUGAAGUACAUGCCCUUCUUCGUCCUAAACGUUUUAUUGCCACCCUUAUUCUAGGAAUUGCUGCUCUAAUUUCCCUGGUUACCUCCUUAGCUACUUCCUCUGUUGCUUUAGUUCAGGAAGCUAAGACAGCUUCUUUUGUAAAUGACCUUACCAAAAACGUGUCCAUGGCGCUGUCUACACAGCGGGACAUUGACUAUAAGUUAGAAAGAAAGUUAAAUGCUCUGGAAGAAAUUGUUAUUGCUAUUAGUGAUGAGGUUCAACUUCUCAAACAACAACUGUCUACUCGUUGCCACGUUCAGUUUCGUUUCAUUUGUGUUACACCUUUACGUUAUAAUUCUUCCCUGCAUUGGAAUCUUACUAAAUACCACCUAUUGGGCAUCUGGCAUGACAAUGACCUUUCUCAUGAUCUCUCGUCCCUUCAAUCUGAAAUCUCUGCUAUCAGUAAAUCUCAUCUGGAUACUUCAGUCUCUUCCUUUGCCCAUUCUCUGGCUUCCACUCUCCAAUCUUUAACUCCUGCUCACUGGUAUCAUCUUCUUUUCUCCUUCCUUAUUCUUUCCCUAUUUGUCCUGCUCCUUUGUUUGUUUAUUCCCCUCUGUGUCCGCUCACUUCACAGGUCCAUCUACCGCAUCCAGUGUGACAUGUAUGCUUACCAACUUCGUUCUAAAAUCAAAGGGGGACCUGCUGCACCUCCCCCUGCAGUGACCCUCAGGGCUAAUAAUGGCUGUUGCCAUGGUCCCUGAGGUCCGGCGUGGGCAAGGAACCAUGCGCGCAGGGGGAGAACAGCAAACUCCCUAAGAUGCAGAGAAGCCGAAUGCCUGCCAAGAGAUAACGACCACCAGAAGCUGCCACAAAGAUGAUUAAAAGAAAUGCUGACCACCUGGAACCUUAUCUCGCUUUCUCAAGGCCCAUAAACUUUAUUCUGCUACAACUGUCUCUCUAAAAUCUUUCCUUUUUCUGGUCAUUGAUUGCUAAUUAAAAAACAUACGUAAUUUAAUAAUUAGGCUAAUGCAAAUGAAACAUUACUAAACACUGUGUUAUAAUAGAAUUGUUGGUUUAAUAAUCUUUCUAUUAUGUGCUUAACUUUAGUACCUUUGAUAUUAACUACAUUAUAAUAUAAAUUUACCUAUGACAAUUAAUUAUGAGUAAACAUAAGUAGAUAAUAGUAGUAGUAAUUAGUACAAGAAUAUAGAAAGAGUUAAUAACCUGUCUACUUAGGAAUGCAGCUAGGUCCAGAUGUAUUUUGGACAUAAAUCACUGCCCUGUCAAUGAUAAGCUAAACCUAUGAACAAACUGAUUUCUUUGAUGUUCACUGUUCCUAUGCCUUUAGAAAAAACAAAUAUAUACUGACCACUAACAAAAAUAAAGUUACACUCAGAUUUACACUCUCUCUUGAAGUGUGUCUGUUUGUCAUUUCUUUAACCGAAUCCCUGACCACCCUGCGCAGUCUCUCAACCCUGAGACGGCCUCAUUGCCUACUGCUGUGCUGGUCCGCGGCAAAUUUAGUGAUCAAAUUAAACAACCUGGUCCUAACUGAAUCACAGUGAAUGUUUAAACUUAUUUCCAAAGUUAUUUCAGUAGAUUUUUAUUUAAGAUGACUCAGUUUGCUGUAGUUUAAAAGGAAAUUCACAUGAAUUCCAUGAGU